GACGUGCUAGUGACGUCACGGUGUCCCCGCAAGUGGGUAUAAAAGUUGAACCGGACCAGAGAUGCCAGCAAGCUGAGCAAGAGUACCCCGAGAGGAGACCCAAUUCGACCAAAACAGAAGAUCCAAAAUGGUGAGGAUAUCCUUCCGCCAGGCUUCGGCUGACAAGGUAGAUAAAGACGAAACCUACAUAGAUGAAACGGACCAGGAGUCUAAUCAAGCCCAGAUCAAGAGGUAUUUUCCUGUCCGCGUGUGUGUCAUCAUGUUUUCUGGACUGGUCAUCUUCCUUGGAAUGCUGCUGGGCUCCAUUUACACCUACCGCCACUUCUUCCCUGCAGAGCUGUCUGCAAACAGCAAUUCAUCUUUCAAUCGGCAGGUGCCCGGGCCAAAAGAUCUCGAGCAAGACAUCAAUCAACCGACCGACGUGUUCAAAUGCAACGUUGUGCUCAACUGGCAUCAGAACCGAAUGGCGCUGGUCAUGGCCGUGGGCAUCUACCUGGAAGGCGACAACCAGUACAUCAGAAUAGACUUGUUUAGAGCUGGACAGGAGGAGCCUGUCAGCAUUAUCCAUGACUUUGCAAAUCUCAAGACGGCAUAUUAUGCCAAAAAACAGCAUAAGUGCUAUGUGACCUCGCUGAACACCAACCUGGUCAAAGCUCCACGGAACCUUUGGGAUGUGCUGACCUUCACCAAGAGGGAGGUGUACCUGCCAGAUAAUUACAAAAUCCAAGAGGUGAUGCAGGUGACCCGCCAGCUGCACGACCACAAGGAUCUGGGUGGACCCAUUCAAGGGAUGUGCCGCAACUUGACCACCUUCGAAAUGGUUCCCAAGGACGACGUGGACAGUGAGUCGGGCAACUACGAAAGUGCCUCGGGCAACUACGAAAGUGCCUCAAAGCAAGAAACCACCAACGACUGCAUACUGAUUAGGCACUUGGAGAACCGCUACUUUGUGGAAACCAAUAUCUGCAACUAAAGAACACAACAGCCCGCCCACCGCCUCUUCAAGUUUGACUAAAAUGCACUUUAACCUUUACACAUUUCAUUGACAACGGCAACAUGGAUGCCUGUUUUUUUCUUGAUGGUGACUGGCUGGCGACCAGUCCAGGGUGCCUCUCGCUCAAAUUCAGCUAAGAUAAGAAGCUUGCAUAGAGAACCACCAAAUUUGAUUUUGAUUGAUACAUUUUCUGAAUUAACAUUGGUCAACGGCAAAGUUUAAUCUGAUGGUUUUGUUUGUCCUAAAUGUUAUUUAACUGCUACUUUUUUUCCUGGCGAAUCAGGUUUUUGAAAGAUUUUAUAUUUGUGUCAGUUUGCUUGAACUAAUUUAUAAAUAUGACGAAAUAGUAUAUCUUCAAUGUUAUAUGAAAACAUGAUAAAAACAAGGACAGAUUUGCUAUCGUUGUAAAAAGUUUACUUGCAUGAUUACAAACGAAUCCAAAUUUAUGGACCAGUGUUAAGUAUGUCACCAAAAAAAAACAUACCUCAGACUUGGUGUUUAGUAAAUGACCUUUGAUUGUUACCGAGCAAUAUAUGAAGAAUGUUUUCCAUGUUUAAUAGUGUUCAGUUGUGUACAUUUGGAUCUUGUUUAGUGAAAUGGCUUUGGACUGUAAGCAACAGAGCUUUAAAGCUGCAGAGGAACCAGUGUGAAGUUUGUACUAUUCCUAUUCUAAAAUGUUUUCAAAGAGGAUUUGACUGUAGAUAUCUGAAAUGACUUGUCUAUUGUUAUUUACACCUCAUUGUAACCACUUCUAAAGUUUCCGUUGAUGACAUAUUUUUGUAUUUUACUGUACUUAAUAUUUUGCUGCUUCAAUAAACUAUUGAACUUUUAGCU